GGUUUCCUCCAGGUGCUCUGACAUGUUCUCCCCGUGUCAGUGUGGGUUUCCUUCAGGUGCUCUGACAUGUUCUCCCUGUGUCAGCGUGGGUUUCCUCCAGGUGUUCUGACAUGUUCUCCCUGUGUCAGCGUGGGUUUCCUCCAGGUGCUCCGACAUGUUCUCCCUGUGUCAGCGUGGGUUUCCUCCAGGUGCUCCGACAUGUUCUCCCCGUGUCAGCGUGGGUUUCCUCCAGGUGCUCUGACAUGUUCUCCCUGUGUCAGUGUGGGUUUCCUCCAGGUGCUCCGACAUGUUCUCCCUGUGUCAGCGUGGGUUUCCUCCAGGUGCUCUGACAUGUUCUCCCCGUGUCAGCGUGGGUUUCCUCCAGGUGUUCUGACAUGUUCUCCCUGUGUCAGCGUGGGUUUCCUCCAGGUGCUCCCACAUGUUCUCCCCCUGUCAGCGUGGGUUUCCUCCAGGUGCUCUGACAUGUUCUCCCCGUGUCAGCGUGGGUUUCCUCCAGGUGCUCUGACAUGUUCUCCCUGUGUCAGCGUGGGUUUCCUCCAGGUGCUCCCACAUGUUCUCCCCCUGUCAGCGUGGGUUUCCUCCAGGUGCUCUGACAUGUUCUCCCUGUGUCAGCGUGGGUUUCCUCCAGGUGCUCCCACAUGUUCUCCCUGUGUCAGCGUGGGUUUCCUCCAGGUGCUCUGACAUGUUCUCCCUGUGUCAGUGUGGGUUUCCUCCAGGUGCUCUGACAUGUUCUCCCUGUGUCAGCGUGAGUUUCCUCCAGGUGCUCUGACAUGUUCUCCCCGUGUCAGCGUGGGUUUCCUCCAGGUGCUCCGAUAUGUUCUCCCUGUGUCAGUGUGAGUUUCCUCCAGGUGCUCCGACAUGUUCUCCCCGUGUCAGUGUGAGU